UUUCUAUCCCAGUUAUAGCGAGUGGAAAGAAGAGAAUGCUACGUGGUAGACUCCACCUUUGUGGUGGUCGAGCUCAGCCGUUUGCGGAUGCGACACCCUGCAACCGACGCUCAGUCAACAAGCGCCAUAGUUGUAGCAUUCAGACAAAAGCGGCUGAUGUUUCAACGGUGGCUCCCGCAGGGGCAGCCAAUGCCAGAACAAUCGUUGGGAAGGUUUCAGAUCCCAUGGCCCGUAGGGAGAAGGAAAUGAUUGACACGCAGCCCCCCAGAGGCACUCGCGAUUUCUUCCCAGAGGACAUGCGAUUGCGCAACUGGCUGUUCGGCGAGUUCGCGGCGGUGAGCCGCAGCUUCGGGUUCGAGCAGUACGACACCCCCGUGCUGGAGAGCGAGGAUCUGUUCGUACGGAAGGCGGGCGAGGAGAUCACGGAGCAGCUGUACAACUUUGAGGACAAGGGCGGGCGGCGAGUGGCCCUGCGCCCCGAGCUCACCCCCUCGCUGGCCCGGCUGGUGUUGCAGCGCGGCAAGACGCUGCCCCUGCCCGCCAAGUGGUUCGCGGUGGGGCAGUGCUGGAGAUACGAGCGCAUGACGCGGGGGCGCAGGCGCGAGCACUACCAGUGGAACAUGGACAUCGUGGGGGUGGAGGGUGUGGAGGCGGAGGCGGAGCUGCUGGCGGCGGUGGUGGCGCUGCUGCAGCGGCUGGGGCUGGGCAGCGGGGACGUGGGCAUACGGGUCAACAGCAGGAAGGUGCUGCAGGGCGUGUUGAGUGCGCACGGGGUGCCCCCCGAGGCCUUUGCGCGCGUGUGCGUCAUCGUGGACAAGCUGGACAAGCUGCCGCGUGACAAGGUGGAGUCCGAGCUGGUAUCCGCCGCCGGCCUGCCGCCCGCCUCCGCCUCCUCGCUCCUCUCCGCGCUGGCCUCGCUGGCCUCCCUGCCCGACCUGCGCGCGGCGCUGGGGCCGGACAGCGAGGCGGUCGCAGACCUGGAGCGGCUGUUCGAGCUGGCGGAGGGGUACGGGUACAAGGACUGGUUGGUGUUCGACCCCUCCGUGGUGCGCGGCCUGGCCUACUACACCGGCAUCGUGUUCGAGGGAUUCGACCGCGCGGGGCAGCUGCGCGCGCUGUGCGGCGGGGGGCGCUACGACCGGCUGCUGGGGUCGCUGGGGGGGCGGGAGGCGGAGGAGGUGCCCAUGGCGGGGUUUGGUUUCGGAGACGCGGUGAUUGUGGAGCUGCUGAAGGAGCGGGGGCUACUGCCGGAGCUGCCGCACAAGGUUGACGACGUGGUGGUGCCGCUGGACACGCACCUGCGCCCCGCCGCCGCGGGCCUGGCCAGCCGGCUGCGGCGGGCUGGGCGCAGCGUGGACCUGGUGCUGGAGGCUAAGAAGAUGAAGUGGGCGUUCAAGCACGCUGAGAAGCUGCACGCCUGCCGGCUGAUCCUGGUGGGUGCGGAGGAGUGGGGCCGGGGCAAUGUGGUGGUGCGGGACCUGGCAGCGUUCCAGCAGGCGGAGGUGCCGGCGGAGGAGCUGGUGUGAGGAGCCUGGCCUCCCUAGCCGGCAUGUGCAUGUGUGGGGAUGUGUACCGUAUGCGGGCUGGUGGGGGCCCCCGUGUGAGCCCACGUGAGGGAGGGAGGGAGGGAGGACUCGUUCGUGCCACCGCGCUGCUGCUGCUGGACGACGAGGAUGAUGAGUUGCUGACCCCCCUAGCAGGCCUGCGCAGGGGUGCAUUGUUGGCAGGGGGGUGGGUGCAUUGUCAGCAUAUGCAUCAUGUAGGGCCCCUGGGUGUCUAUGACCCAACGGUUAGUUGAAGAGGUGGGAGUGGGGGGAGGUGGGGGGAGGGAAACAUACCGGUAGAGGGCUGGGCGUGCCGGGGGUUGGGUUGCGGUUGCAUUGGAGGAGAGGCCGGCGCAAGGGUGGUGGACGUGGAGACAUGCCUGAUUCAUAGCAUUUACAGGCAAACCCGUGUGAAAGAGGAAAGGGAAGGGGAAAACCGGGGAAACUUGGUUUGGCAUUUGGAAAGGGAUGGUUUUCAUUUAUGCUAGGGCGUUACCGCGAGACCGAGAGGAGAGUAGCUGCUUAUGCGAGGCUGCAUGUAUAGUGCACACGAACAGGAGUCCGCAUUUUGUUGAGAUGCCGUAGCCGAUGCAUGCGUGUUAUGCAGCGUGCCGCAGAACGUUAGUGAUGACCCAUGGGUCUUUGCAAGGCGUCUGGUGCUAUGCGGAUGCUGCAAUGUAGGUACGCAAUUUGAGGGGGAGGACGACGGAUGAGAAGUGAGGGAAAUUGAAGCAAGUGGAGUGAGGGAGAGUGGAGUGUAGGUAAGGAGCGUGUGGGGAGCGCCGCCGAGUACAGGCCAGGUCUUCAG